UCAGAGGAGGAGGAGAGGCCAGGUGGAGGAAAGGUGGAGUUUUUUUCUCUUGUCUGCGAUAAAGGAGGUGUGAAGUCUCAUGGAGGAGUUCUGCAACAGGUGUAUUAACAGUAUUUGUAUUUAGAGAGAAAAACUCAUUUAUAACUUUUUGUUAUGUGAGGAGAUUUGUUCUUGCUGUUUUGCCGAGUGGAAGCUGUCGCACCUUCUAGGGUGACAUCUCUAUUUGCUAUUCUAGAAGUAUUUUUAGUUUCAAAAUAUUUGUUUGUGUGCAUUCAUAGUGAACCUGAGACUGCACGCUCUCAGUAAAAAAAGAAAAAGGGCAAACAGAAUACAGUAUAAGUACCGUCCAGUGAAAUGCAGCACUACGAGGAGUCCCAGUCGUUUUUGGGGACCUGGGGCCCGUUUCAGAAGAGAGUCUUCUACCUGCUCGGGCUCGCCAUCAUCCCAAGUGGAUACAACCUGCUGUGCGUCAUCUUCCUGCUGGCUACGCCCCCCCACCACUGCUUCAUCCCCCACCACAGCAACCUGAGCCACGACUGGAUCCAGGCCAGCAUCCCAGUACAGCAGGUGGACGGGCGGCCGGAGAGAAGCAGCUGCAGCCGGUACGAGCUGGACCAGGUGCAGAACCUGUCCGCAUGGGGAACCACGCUGAUUCACAACCUGUCAAGUCCACAGGUCCUCCUCUCCAGCCUGACACAAGAGGGCUGUAGAGAUGGAUGGACCUACAGUACCGAGCACUACCAGUCUACAGUGGUCAGUGAGUUCAACCUGGUGUGCAGCGACCAGUGGAAACAGCCGCUGACCUCUGUGUUCUACUUCCUGGGAGGAUUGUUGGGAUGCUUUGUGUCUGGACAAAUCUCUGACCGGUUUGGCAGGAAGCCUGUGCUGUUUGGGGCCAUCGUCGCCCUGAGUGUCUUCAGCAGCGCGUUGGCCUUCGCUUCAUCCUGGCCCGUCUUCCUCGUGCUCUUCUUCAUGCUGGGCCUGGGUCAGCUCACCUGCUACGUAGUUGUGUUUGUGCUGGGCUCAGAGAUCUUGAUGGGUUCGACUAGAGUUAUCUUCUCCAGCCUUUGCUUGCCUUGGGCUUACGUGUUUGGUGAAUUGAUGCUGCCCGUCACUUCCUACCUGGUACGGAACUGGAGACACUUGUCUCUGGCGAUGGCUGUGCCAGGCCUGGCAUGUGUCCCCCUCUGGUGGCUGAUUCCAGAGUCCCCGCGCUGGUUGGUGUCUCGUGGCCGUAUUCAGGAAGCAGAACUCCUCCUGAGGUCGGCGGCUCUGCAGAACCGGGUGGAAGCGCCACAUGUCAUCUUUUUCUCGGCCAAAGUUGAAAAACCAACGAGUGAGCAGGCAGAGUCCUCCACCUUUCUGGACCUGCUGAGAACACCAAACAUUCGACAUAUAACACUUAUUCUUUGGUUCAUAUGGUUUUCCAACAAUGUGUGUUACUUUGGACUGUCAUUCAACAUGUCUAGUCUCUAUGGUAACCCCUUUCUGAACUACUCCCUGUUGACGGCUGUUGAGUUCCCUGCAUAUGCGGCCUGCUGGCUGGCGGCGCGCUGUCUCCCUCGCCGCCAGUCAUAUGUCUGCUUCGUCCUCCUGGGGGCGCUCGCCCUGCUGCUCAUCCAGCUCACUCUGAAUAGUCAACCGGUUCUCACCCUGAUCCUGGUGCUGGUGGGUAAAUUUGGCCUUCUGGCCGGCACCGGGGUGUUGUACAUGUAUACGAGUGAGCUGUCCCCCACAGUCAUCAGGACCACGGCCAUGUCUACCUGCGCCAUGUUCUCCAGAGUGGGAUCCUCUGUUUCCCCAUACCUGCUGCAGCUGGCUGUUUUCAACCAGUUCCUACCGUGGAUCGUUGUGGGCGCCCUGUCGUUGCUCAGUGUUGUGGUCUGCGUCUUCCUGCCGGAGACCUUCAGACAGCCGCUGCCCGACACUAUCCAGCAGGUGGCGGUCGCACAGCGGUUGAGGUGGCCAUGGGCCUCCACGCCUCCUCUAAAGGAUGCAGGGAAAUCAGCUGAAGACACACCUGCUGCUCCUGAGGUCAUCUGCACAACUUGCCUAUAAGACGUCUGACACAAAUGUAAAAAAAAAGCAAUUGAUGAACCUAAAACUAGCCAAACCUGUUUACGACUUGUGAACAUUGAGAGCGAUGCAUUCACUUACGUGAAAUGAAAAGGAAAUACUUUUUUUUGUCAAUACCUGACGCUUUUUAUUGCUCUGCCGUGCGGCAUCAUGAGGUUUCAGAUAACAACCAACUCGCUGGAUAACGCGGUGGCCUUUGGUUAUGUAGAGAUGACACAACCUUCUCUAGAUCCACUCUACAUGUAGAUAGAGAUGGUUCCUUCUAAGCUAAGAAAGAAAAAUAAAGCAAAUCUUAGUUUCAGGUCAUAAUACACUAACUAACUAAAGUUAAGAUUAUUAUGUUCUAUUUCCUCCAAUAAAUCCCCUGAUUUCUA